CUGAAAGUUAAAGCCUGUUCCUUUCUUCCGAGUCAACAAUACCUCUCAUUUUCCCUCCUCCCAAACAGAAGAAUGGCUUCUCAGAACCCUAAUCAGAAAAGCUCUCUUUACCCGGAGGUGACCCAAUCGAAACCCGAUAUCCCCCAAUACUCUUCUUCCAACAACCUUUACCCUUCCCUCGACAUGCGCGAUCUCGUCGAGAAUCUUUUCCCGGACCCUCCUAACUAUUCCGUUAACCGCCAUAGUGACCACACGGACUCUCCUCACGCGCCAACAGCCCCACCGCAAGCUGUCGAGGAAGUUUUGAUCAAGAUCCCUGGCGCCAUCCUCAACUUGAUCGAUAAAUCUUAUAGCGUCGAGCUCGCUUGUGGCGAUUUCACUGUGAUUCGUCUCUGGCAGGGCGAAAACAUCGUCGCCGUACUCGUUCGCGUCGCUGAGGAAAUCCAAUGGCCGUUGAUGAAAAAUGAGACCGCCGUUAAACUUGACGAUUCUCAUUAUUUCUUCUCUCUUCAGUUAGAUAAAGAAGCCGAAAACGAUUCUAGUGACAGCGAUGAUGAUGAUAAAAAAAGAAAAACCAAGACUUCCGGCGAGGGCUCUUAUUUGCUUAAUUAUGGUUUGACAUUCGCUUCGAAAGGACAGGAAUAUCUGUUGAGAGAAUUAGAUGUUAUAUUGCAAAGUUAUAGUUGUUUUACGGUGCAGAAAGUGGAGAAGAAAGGUGAGGAGGUUCUGGAUGGGGCGGUGGCUGCCGCGAAGGAGAUGUCGCCAGCAGAUUUGAAGUCGGAGACCAAGAAGGAGGUGAUGGAGGAGAAGUGUGCGGCAUAUUGGACCACGCUGGCGCCUAAUGUGGAGGAUUAUAGUGGGAGAGCGGCUAAGGUGAUUGCGGCCGGAUCAGGGCAUUUGAUCAAAGGGAUAUUAUGGUGUGGAGAUGUGACAAUGGAUAGGUUGAAUAAAGGGAAUGAAGUAUUGAAAAAGAGAAUGAGUCCGGCUGAGAAGAACGCUGAGAUUAGCCCCGAGACAUUGAAGAGGAUCAAGAGGGUUAAGAGGGUGACAAAAAUGACACAGAAAGUAGCAAACGGGGUUCUCUCCGGGGUUGUCAAAGUUUCUGGAUUUGUCACGAGCUCCGUUGCAAACUCAAAAGUGGGCAAGAAAUUUUUUAGUCUCCUGCCUGGAGAAAUUGUUCUUGCAUCCCUGGAUGGAUUUAAUAGAAUUUGUGAUGCUGUUGAAGUAGCUGGGAAAAAUGUGAUGUCAACAUCAUCCACUGUGACAACUGAACUUGUCAACCACAAAUAUGGAGAAAAAGCAGCAGAGGCCACAAAUGAAGGGCUAGGUGCUGCAGGGCAUGCUGUGGGGACGGCAUGGGCCGCAUUUAAACUCCGACGGGCACUAAAUCCAAAAAGCGUUUUAAAACCUAGCAGUCUAGCCAAGUCUGCUGCUAAGGCUGCAGCUGCAGAGUUGAAGGGAAAGAGCUCCAAGUGAUUGCUAAUAGCUGUUCUUCAAAUUUGUGAGUGACAGAGAUCUCUAGCUAUAAACCUUAUGCCCUCAAAGCUUCACGGAUCAUUCAGAUUUUUGUUGUUUGUUAUGCUAUUUCUACCCCCACAUGUAAAAAUCUUGUUUGUAACUGACUAUUUCUUAUUCUUCCGUUGUACAUAUUUCUUCAUUAGGGACAAGGAUUAGAAGGCUUUAGUUUGGUUAUAGUGAUGAUAAUUAUGAAGAUUAGGAUCAGCAGGCUUAACCCUUGGGGCCUGCAGCUUAUUUAUUAGGACCUUUUGGCCAUUAUGUGGUACCAACUAGAUCAAAAUUGUCUUCAUCACCUGAUUAUAAUAUUUCUCUUGAUUAUUUCUCAUCAAUUUUGAACUGA